AUGGAACAACCACGCUCUCCCCUAGGCCCUAUUGAUGGGAAUAGGAAGCGUAAAGGUCCUGAAUUAACUCCUUAUGAAAGAGGGCGUAUUAUUGGCGCACGUAUCGCUGGUUUAUCCGCCCGCCAGAUUGAGCUCGAAAUGAAGGUCUCUCGUUCCGCUGUGAGGGGUACAAUUGCCCUUGAAAUAUUAAGAUCAAACGGAGUGUCUUUACCUCGCCCUGGCAGGCCAAUUCUCUAUACUGAACGGGACCGUCGAUCCAUGCUCCGAAAUCUCCGAUCUUAUCCGAAAUUGACGUUCCAACAACGUCGCGAAGACACCGGCCUCAAAAUGAGCAAUACUUACAUCAAGAACCUUGCACGAGCGAAUAGCCUAUUCCACUGGCGCGCAAAGAAAAGACCAGAGCUUACUAGUAAAGUAGCUGCUAUUCGACUAUUCUAG